CGCGGACCUUGGACCUUGCCUCUUGCCUCUUGCCUCUUGCUACCUACCGUUUGAUCCUUUAAAGUUUCCGUACCUGUAUCAUGACCCAAUCGGGACAAUCCCGCCUCUAUCCCGCCGCUAUCCUAGCAGCUCCUUCCCCUAUUCUGACACCGCACUCCACGUCGGUUCGGUUCGGUACUUUUACGUACUUCGACACCAUAAUCGUUCGACUUACUCAUCAUACCUAACCCGCCAUCCUUAUUGUUUCAACUUCAUCAUCUUGUUUUCCUUUCCUUCUAGAAGGAAGCGUUCCUGCCGGACACAUUCUUGUUUACUAAAUCUUACGUGGGUCUAACUUCACAAGUCUAAUACAAGUCUAUCAAGUCUAGUUAAUACAUAGCCAAACGCUUAUCGCAUGGUUACGGUUUGACCCGCUACUAUACGUGGACUCUCUUAUACACAAGCAGACAGAUCACUUACACCUAAUACUCUAUCCGUUACCCGCCACAAUAUAUCUGGUUGGAGGUUACGUAGAUAUUAAUAUCAACUAUUUAUUCCAAGUUUAUAAUAUAAAGGGUACUUGGGAUUAUGGCCUCGCAACUACCGGCGUUCCCCCGCACUGUCUUCACUAUCGUAGAGCCUAUCUCUCUUAUUGGUGGCUUUCUCGGGCCCUUCUUAGACCCCGAGUGGUUUAUAGCCUCACAGAUUGACGCCCUAGAUGGCAGUAAUCUCGCUCCGCGAGACGAUAAUGCACGCCUAAUCGCCCUCCAGUUAGGAAACACAUACGGGCUCCUAUUCCUUCUUGGAGUAGCUGUGCUAUAUACCACUACCGAGCUCAAGGUUGUCCGUAACUAUCUCAUCGCUCUAUGGAUCGCGGAUAUAAGUCACGUCGGCGUUACUUGCUGGCUGCUUGGGUAUGAUAGAACGUUGGACGUGGGUUCGUGGAACGCCGUGACCUGGGGUAAUGUUGGGUUUACUACCUUCCUAUGCUUAACCCGUACAGCCUACCUCCUCGGGCUCUUCGGCCCAGACCGCAAAACCGUCACGACAUCCAAAAAGGUUGCUUGAGCUAGGUACUUAGGUAACUGCCACUCUUAAAAAUAAGUAACACUACAAGGCCACAUUUGCUCGAUUCAUACCUAUGAAAGACGAAGAGCCCCUAGUAACUAGAAAUUUUCAAUUGACCGGAGAAUUUGACCGUAACCCCCUGAAAGCCGAGACGGCCCUUCUGCCUACCAGCCUGCCUGCAACUUAGUUGCUCAUCUGUCCAUAUUUCCUCCCUGUCUGCAAUACCUGAAAACUGU